AGGUGCACGUUUGCAUGUGUGUGUCUGUGCUGCUGACAUCCUGUUUAGGCCCCGGUGUGGUUUGCAUGAUUCAAAGGCUAUGAUGUCAAAGUGUCAGAGAGCAGAAAACUCAGUUUAGGUGGAGUUGGACUGUUAGUAUAAAGUAAAAGGAAGACCAGACUAAAAGAUGAGCACUUGCUGGGUGAUUUUACAUAUUUUUGCUGUUCUUCUCUUGUGUGAUUAUGGGAUGUUCUUCACGCCAUCACCAUCUUAUACAGAGAGGACCACUAAUGAAACAUCAGACACAUCCGACUCUAACACUACUGUGACAACAGCAGAAUCAACAACAUUUGAAAAUGACAAAGUUUAUGAUACAGAUGAUGAAGAGUUUAGUGGUUUGCCUACAAAUACGACCUCGGAUACAGGCUAUUCAAACAGCACCACCGUGUUCUCUUCAGCGGCCCGUCCCGAGAGCACCACGCACAAGCAGAAUCCUAUUAAUGAGAUAAAAAAAGAUGAUACAGGAUCAUACACAGGAGGUAUCAUCAUUUUGAUCAUAAUCCUCAUCCUGAUUUUUCUUCUGCUCGGCAUUUUGUAUUUUCUGAGAAAGAAAGGAAGGAGUUACUCAUUUGAUCUGACUCGUGUCGACGCAAUUCCCAAUGAUUAUGACACUCCGCUCAGGAGCGACCAACAAGGCGUAAGCUAUGAACAAACCAACAAAGAUCUGUCUCUGGACUUCGAACAGGAAGACAAGUCUGAGGAAAAGUCCAGCCCGAUAGCUAAUGGGUGUGCAGGAGAGAAAACUGAACAAACACCUGCCAAUGAAAAUGAAGAGGAGAAUGUUCCAGAAGAGAACAGUUUCUCUACAGACUCGAGCUUGUCUCCACCUAUGAAGAAAGUAGAGUUUAACCUGGACCUGGAUCUGAUUGGAGGAGAAUCUGACCUGAAUGAUCUGACCACAGCUGAUGCCGCCGAUGAGCCGCAAAAUGAAAACAACAAUAAUGUCUCUAAUGCUGAGCGAGGAUCAGCAGAAGAGAUCUUCACUGAAAUCAAUCUAGACGAGCCGAAGCAACACGCAUAGUGUGUGUCCCCAAUGCGACACUCAAGAUUUUGGGUCCUUGGUACCCAGAUUCAAACUAUAUCUGCUCAAAAUGUGGACUUGACAGAGGCAAAUGUGUGCAAAAGCCUCCUUUUGCCAUUCUGACUUCAAGUUUUGUUUCAUCUGCUGUUAAAGAAGAUUGUAUACUGUACAUAAAAAGACUAUUGAAUCAUUGGUUGAAAUGUAUGUAAAAAAAAACGUUAGUAUACAAAUGCUGUAUAAAAUAAUUUGUGGCUAUAAUAAACCUUUACUGUAUUAAUGUAAUACACUGCCAUGUGUGUGUGUGCUUGACAGAUGCCAAGCCAAUAUUACAGUUUAUUACAAUUGCUAGGACACAUUUCAUUCAUACUUGCGUAUAACUACAGUUUAAGAUGCUGUCAACUUGCUCUUGAAUGUUCAUGGACCGCUCCAAUAUGGCGGACGGCUUACAUAUAAUGGUAUAUAUCUAUGGUAAACUAAGUUGUAGCACAGUAGUCACACUCCUUGUGAAAACAUACUAUCUGAGUUCAGAUUUUAUUGCUUAUAUUAAAUUUGAUUCCCACCUUCUGUAUUGUGUUGAGCCUGAUGCACAUUUAGGCCUUCACACACAUCACAAAUUAGGACUCCGCUCUGUAUCAUCCGCUUUGCGUUACCACCUCAGGUGUACAAUCUCAAUAAUUCAAUAGCCUGUUGUCAAAUAUUCCUAAAUAAACUAUUAUAAAACUA